CUGGCCGCCUCCCGCCGGAACCGCGCCGCCCCCCGCGCCCUUGUAUGGCCAAAGCUCGCCGGGCCGCGUGCGUCAGUGGCGCCCCCGCCCCUCCCCGUGCGUCAUGGAGCGCUUAAGAGCAGGGUCCGGCGCGGCCGGGAGUCCCAGUAGUGGAGGCUGCGAAAGUUGGGGGAGUGUGCAAGACAGCGGGAGCGUACGCGGGACCAGGCUGCGACUUGGAGCGCCGGUCCCGGUCCGGGCAGGGGGAGCAGAAGCCAGCCGGAGAUGCCCUGUAUCCAAGCCCAGUAUGGGACACCAGCACCGAGCCCAGGACCCCGUGACCACCUGGCAGGCGACCUCCUGACCCCCGAGCUCAGCAAGCCCACCAUGGACCUGGCCAGCCCCGAGGCGGCCCCCGCUGUCCCUACCGCCUUGCCCAGCUUCAGCACCUUCAUGGACGGCUACACAGGGGAGUUUGACACCUUCCUCUACCAACUGCCGGGCACGGCCCAGCCGUGCUCCUCGGCCUCCUCCUCAGCCUCCUCCACGUCCUCAUCGUCAGCCACCUCCCCAGCCUCUGCUUCCUUCAAGUUCGAGGACUUCCAGGUGUACGGCUGCUACCCUGGCACGCUGAGUGGCCCCCUGGACGAGACCCUGUCCUCCAGCGGCUCUGACUACUAUGGCAGUCCCUGCUCUGCACCGUCACCAUCCACGCCCAGCUUCCAGCCGCCCCAGCUCUCUCCCUGGGAUGGCUCCUUCGGCCCCUUCUCGCCCAGCCAGACUUAUGAAGGCCUGCGGGCAUGGACAGAGCAGCUGCCCAAGGCUUCUGGGCACCCCCAGCCACCGGCCUUCUUUUCCUUCAGCCCUCCCCCCGGCCCCAGUCCCAGCCUGGCCCCAAGCCCCCUGAAGCUGUUCCCCUCACAGGCCGCCCACCAGCUGGGGGAGGGAGAGAGCUAUUCCAUGCCAACAGCGUUCCCAGGCCUGGUGCCCACUUCUCCCCACCUUGAUGGCUCAGGGAGGCUGGACGCGCCCGUGACCUCUGCCAAGGCCCGGAGUGGGGCUCCGGGUGGAAGCGAGGGCCGCUGUGCUGUGUGUGGGGACAAUGCUUCCUGCCAGCAUUAUGGUGUCCGCACCUGUGAGGGCUGCAAAGGCUUCUUCAAGCGCACAGUGCAGAAAAAUGCCAAGUACAUCUGCCUGGCUAACAAGGACUGCCCUGUGGACAAGAGGCGGCGAAACCGCUGCCAGUUCUGCCGCUUCCAGAAGUGCCUGGCCGUGGGCAUGGUGAAGGAAGGUGGGUGGUUGGGACAGGCCCCGAGGGACAGAGGUGGGCCAGAGCAGGGUGGGGCACGCAGAUGCCCCCCCCUUCUGCCCCAGACAUCUGUCCUGGUGGGCCACAGGGGAGGGUGUGCCUGGGCCUCUGUCCUCCCCCGCCUCCAGUCCACCUGCCUGCCUUGUGAGAGCGGAGAUCGUUGCAGGGUCCCCUGGGUUCUCGGGGGCUCUAGCUCCUCAUACUUGGAUGUGCUUCUAGCACUGGGGUGCACAGCUUGGGCUGGGAGUCCCUUCCCUGGGCCCCUUUCUCCCUGCCUCACUCCAGCCCUUUUCUCUGUAGUUGUCCGGACAGACAGCCUGAAAGGACGGCGGGGUCGGCUCCCUUCAAAGCCCAAGCAGCCCCCAGAAACCUCCCCAGCCCACCUACUCACCUCCCUGGUCCGGGCGCACCUGGACUCAGGGCCCAGCACUUCUAAACUGGACUACUCCAAGUUCCAGGAGCUGGCGCUGCCCCACUUCGGGAAAGAGGAUGCUGGGGACGUGCAGCAGUUCUACGACCUGCUCUCGGGUUCCCUGGAGGUGAUCCGCAAGUGGGCCGAGAAAAUCCCUGGCUUUGCCGAACUGUCUCCCGGAGACCAGGACCUGCUGCUGGAGUCCGCCUUUCUGGAGCUCUUUAUCCUCCGUCUGGCCUACCGGUCUAAACCAGCUGAGGGGAAGCUCAUCUUCUGCUCAGGCCUGGUGCUGCACCGCCUGCAAUGUGCCCGUGGCUUCGGGGACUGGAUCGACAGCAUCUUGGCCUUCUCUCGCUCCCUGCACAGCUUGGUGGUAGACAUCCCUGCCUUCGCCUGCCUCUCCGCGCUUGUCCUCAUCACAGACCGGCACGGGCUGCAGGAGCCUCGCCGGGUAGAGGAGCUGCAGAACCGCAUUGCCAGCUGCCUGAAGGAGCACGUCUCGGCCGAGGCGGGUGAGCCCCAGCCGGCCAGCUGCCUGUCACGCCUGCUGGGCAAGCUGCCCGAGCUGCGGACCCUGUGCACCCAGGGCUUGCAGCGCAUCUUCUACCUCAAGCUGGAGGACUUGGUGCCCCCUCCACCCAUCGUCGACAAGAUCUUUAUGGACACACUGCCCUUCUGACCCUGGCCCGGGAACAUGCGCGCACUUGGUGUGCACGCUCAUAAUGCCACCCCACGUGCCUUUAGCCCAUGGCCCACGGACCCCCGAGCAUCACCCCGGCCUGGGCCUGAGCUGCAGACUGGCUGCCCCUCCCCUUUGUUGUCUGGGAAGUCAGCAGGGAGCUCAUGGCCUCGGGGAGAGGGAUGCAUUCACAGGGGUGACCCUUACUAUUUGUCUUACCCCCCCAGCCCAGCCCUGGUCUUCAUGUUUUUGUAAGAUAAACCGUUUUUAACACACACACACCGCCAUGCUGUAAAUAAGCCGAAUGCAGCUGUAAAUACAGGAAGGAAGAGGUUGAGGUGGGAGUGGGGGUUGGGAGGGAGGAAUGGGCCCCCACCAGCCGCCUCCUACUUGCUCUCUUGCCGCCCUCCUUCCACAUGUACAUAGACUCAUUCUAGGAGGAAGACAAAUGACAGAUUCUGACAUUUAUAUUUGUGUAUUUUCCUGGAUUUAUAGUAUGUGACUUUUCUGAUUAAUAUAUUUAAUAUAUUGAAUAAAAAAUAGACAUGUAGCUGAA